CCUCCAUACCCGCAGCCCUGCACGCCGAGCUGCUCCGUGCUCCCACUCAUCGCACACCCCUCGCGUCACGCAUGAGCCGCCUCACUGCCCCGGCAUGCUGAACAGCGCCAUGGCUCCCUCCUCCUCCUCCAACGGCACCUCGUCCAACGGCGCGGCGGCGUCGGGCCCGCAGCAGAACGGCUCGGCUGCGCAGGCAGGCAGCGCUGAAGCGGGCGCCUCGUCGGCCAGCUCGCAGCGGCGCCAGCAGGGCGUGUCGUGCGAUGCGUGCAAGUUCCGCAAGGUCAAGUGCGACCGCCGCGCAAAGGUCGAGAAGCGCCUGGCCGAGCUCGUGUCGGCGGGCGGGCCGAGCAGCCUGACCGCCGACGAGGAUCGCGACGUCAGCUGCAGCGUGUGUGUGGCGCACGGCCUGCGCUGCACCUUUACGCAGGCCGAGCCCAAGAAGCGCAGAGGCAGGCGUCUCGUGCAGAUCCAGGCGCAGCAGAAGCAGCAGGCCAAUGCGGCGCCGAGUGCGGACGCUGCGGCGCCAGAGGGCGAUGCGAAUGGACGGCAGCCGCGCACGCGUCAUGUCAGCUCGUAUCCUUCGCCCUCAUCGACGCCCUCGACGGCCCUCGGGCUCUUCUCAGUGCCAGGCUUGACAAGAUCGCUGCUGGACGCCUGCGUCGUGGCAUACUUUAAGUACUGCGUGCCAGUCGUCGCCGUGCUCCACGCCGACACCUUCUCGGCCCGCUAUGCCCGCUACUUUGCCGAGUACGCGGGCCAGCCACACGUGCCUGCCAGCCACGUCGAUCCUGCGCUGGCUUCGCUGCCUCCGCUUACCGAGCUCCAAAUCCUCGCCGUCGGAUGCGCUGGUGCAGGCUUGCUCCAGCCGCCGAUCACGGGUGCGAACCCGAGAGCCAAGUUCAAGCUGCAAGAGAGACUCGCGCAGCGCUGCCAUGAGAUCCUGCAGAGUGUCAGCUGGGCACAGCGGCUCAAGGAAGAGGGCACGGAUCUCGUCGAGGCAGUCUACAUUCUCGUCGACCCGACGGCGCCCAGCGUCACCGACGACCUCGAGCAUGCGCACAAGCAAGGCGUCAUGACGCUGCCCACCGACCCGCUGCACGUGCAGCCAACGUCUCAUGAGUCUGUCGUCCGCCUGUCGCUGGCUCUCUGCUUGCAUCGACGGCCCAAGGCCGAGCCUGGCGCCGCGCCAAAUGGCCCGCGGUGGCGCACGGCCACUGGCGACCUCAUCGACGACCGAGAGAUGUUCCGGCGCGUGAGGAGCUGGUGGGCGGUCUUCUGCCAGGACUCGCUGCGCUCCUUUGGCGCGCAUCGCACGCCGUUGAUCUCGGAGGACCAGUACGAUCAGGACCUGCCGCGAUGGCGCGACCGAGGCGAAGGCGCCUUUUCUACCACGUUCGGCAUGCCAGCCAACCCCGACACCUUCUUCUCGCCGCAAGGACGCGGCCUCACGAGCGGGCCCGGCAGCGAGGGUGAUCCCUAUCCGGCGUCAGCAGGGCCACAGUACCCGCACUUCUCGCGCUUCGAUGCCGUGUGGCUCGAGGCGCUGUUCCGCCUCACGUUCAUCACGCGCACUGUCGGUGCGCGGACCGUGUCUGCUCGAGCGCAGGGCCGCGGCGUGCUGCUCAGCGACUUGGACCAUGCCAUGUCCGCCUACGGUCUGUGGAUGGCUCAGUUGCCGCAGGAGAUCACCUGGGAGGUGCAAAUGGCAGAUCAGCGCCCGGACCAGACUCCCCUGCACAACAUCACGUUCCGUAAUGCUCUCAAGACUGCCUGGCUCGAAAUUCUCGCAAAGGGCCAGGUGCUCUCUCUAUGGGCUGCCGUCAAGGACUACGGCCUGCGUGCAGAGACGGAUGUCCUUGACGCUGCCGGCGCUCUUGCCUCGCGACUGAACAUCAGCGAGCCGCACCCGCACGAACGACAUGCGAGCGGCUCAUCUCCAGCGCACACCACCACGCCCGGCUCGAUCCACCCCGACGGCGUCGGACCACAUGCUGCGCCGGAUGCCGAGCGUGAGCUGCACGCCCGUCUGCAGGGCCUCACGACCGACUGCUUUUUCCGCAUGGCACACUUGUGCAGCAACGCGGCCGCCUUUGGCUUCAUGCGUGCGAGCCGCCAAGUAAUGCGCGACAUAACGUGCUCGUACGCCAUGUGGGGCUGUUCGCUCGCGAGCGACGUUCUCAAGGGCAUCGCUGCGCCGCGUCUCGGCGCACAGGUGCACUACGACCAGGUCAUCGAGGCCAUCGCCUCGCUCAUCGAGGCCGUGGCGAGCGUCGACUCGGUGCGCGACACGCACAUCAUGGUGCGCGGUCUGCGCGACAUUCUGCACAAGUUCCCGGGCGGCGUUGAGGCCGGCAAGCGCAUGCGCGGCGAGACCGCCUCUCCGCCAUCGGGCCCAGACGCGAAUACGCCGCCGCAAGGUGCGCUGCACCACCUCUCUGCGGCGUCAGUGGCGCAGCGAGGCCGCAGCGAGUCGACGCCGUGGCACCCGCCGCAGGGCUUCGGCAGCGUCUGCGGUCCGGACGGCGACAUGUCGCAGCCGGCCAGCCUUCCGUCCCGUCAAGCCAACGACGAGAUCGCGGCGCUGUCAAGCAACGCCGACGCGCUCUUCGACAUGGGCCACGGCGGCCAGACGGCGCCCGAGCUGCUCGACGCGCAAUGGCUCGAGCAGCUGACGGCCGGCAAUGCGCCGCACCAGCCGCAAGCGCCUUUGCGAGGCCCCACCGCUGCGAACGUCGAGCAUCCGGCAGGACGCAUGAUGCACGGCGGCGGCCCCGUGCCGGGCGGCCACGUCGAUCCGCAGUGGAACGGCCCUGCCGUGAUGCAGCAGCCGCGAACCUCCGAGAUGAUGGGCGACGCCGCCUCCUGGGCUGGCCAGGCGUGGCGCCUGGACGGCAUGGGUCAGGCGCAGGAGCCGCAGGGUUCGUAUGAGUGGCUCUGGGGCGUGGCUCCUUAGUCGCAUCGGGCUCAGCUGCUUGCUCGAUGAUACCUGCAUACUGCCCGCUCUCGACGUGGCCGACUCUCUCGCGCUCUCGCUCUGCUGCUCCUCUCCUUCUCCCGCUCUCCCUCUGCUAGCACCGAUUCCCUCGCUCCCCCUCGCUCUGCUUGUGCUGGCUCCUGUUUGCAAGUGUAUGAUUAGGACGAACCGCAAUGUACAGAUAAGA